AACUCGUCGUCGAACAAUGAAGCUCGUUCCGUUUGUGAUCAUCGUUUGCGGUUCCAUCUACAUUUCGCGUGCAAAGUUUACGGAGUGCGAUCUCGAUUUAGAGGAUCCGCUACUUUUUGCCAGACUUCCCGCGGAGUGCCAGAACCUAGAUGACGCAUCGAAAGCUCUAAUGCUUGAGGAGUCCGAAGCUUUUCGGACGUUCCAUGACAAACUGCUCGGCUACGAAGCAGCCCAGGGGAAGGAUACCGAGGACGGGGCAUAUAUGGACAUGAAGUUUCGGAGUGAGCUGUACGGAGGGGUCGACAUUUACCUGUGUCUCACCAUCGAUGAAUCGCUGGCAGAGUAUGUGAAGUGCCUCACCGAGAAGCGCCAACUCAUGAUAGGAAUUAUUGACGCGAAAAUGCAGUCUGUUUGAGCUUGAAAAUGCAAUAUGCUUUUCAUAAGUGAUUUGAUUACAUUACAUGUGGUUAAGUAACUCACAUAGUUUCUUGUGCUUAGAAUCUCGUAGAUACUAUGGUCUGUUGUGGCCGGACCAACCAAUCCAACCAUUAGAACUAAAAACAUUUGCCAAAGCUUUUACUCGAUGGUCACCCGUUGUCCUUUAUCCUUGUGAGUGUAGUUUAAUCGUAAAAAUCCGCCAGCCUUAGUCUGAUCGUGGCCGUAGAUGAAAUUGACCUAUAUAUGACCGUUGAUCCCGUUAUCGUUAGGGUAUUGCGUGACUAGCUUGAAUUUCUGUACCCACGCGUGUCCUGUAUUCUGUACUGACAUCGGAUGAUUAAACAUUCAUAAAUACAACACUGCACAUGAUCCUGUUUAUGAAUAGGAAGGUCCGUAUUACAUGCUUCGAGUCAAAACAAACUUGGAACACAACGUGGUGCCCUGAAACACGAAGCUUAAUCUGUAGCUGUUUGAUGAAUUAGUUAAUUUAAAUAACUUUCACCGAUGGCCCAACCUGAAGGUUUCCGGACUUCUGUUGGUUGCCAUCGUGAGUUGAAUCUUAAUCCCACGUGGCAUGGUGCAGUCCAAACGCAAUCGGAUUUAACACGCUACAAUGAAAUAAUUAUUGCACUCGUUGUAUGUGCUCACUGUCCUGUUCCCUAGUUCUGCGUCAGGAGAACCCUUUCGACCAGUUGGAAUC